AUGCGGAAUUUUAAUCAGAAAUAUCAUCGUGGAUCUAAUGGGGAUACGCCGCAGAGGCACGCACAUCUUAAGGAUGCUGCAUACCCGGGUUCGGGAAUGAUAAACCCCGCGUACGUCACAGUGGAGAAGAUCCUGGCGUUGAGGUUGGCGGAUUCUGGUGCUACUGAGUACCUCUGCAAGUGGUAUGGGUUGGGGUACGCUGAGAGUACUUGGGAAGGAGCGUCCGAUGUGGAGACGGCGGCGAGGCUGACAGAGAGGGGCAGGGGAUUGGAGGAAAUUAUGGGAGAAUUUCGGGGGGAAAAUGACCCAUCGAGGAGAGGGGUGAUGGACUUUGACGUCAGUCUGAAGAUGCGCACGGGUGCGACGGCUGGGUUCAGCAAAGCGUGUGGUAAGGAGGAUGAGGAUAAGAAGGCUCUAGUGUAA